AUGUCCGUGUACGGCGCACGCGACAUCAAGAUCGGCGCCUUCUCGCUCAACUUCCACAACAAGGUCCUCAUCGAGGACACCAUGAUCGAGCUCACCGUCGGUAGGAGGUACGGCCUCAUCGGCGCUAACGGAUGCGGGAAGAGUACCUUCUUGAGGGUCCUCGCCGAGAGGCAGGUCCCCAUCCCCGAGUAUAUCGACAUUCAUUUGCUCUCGGAGGAGGCUCAGCCGAGCGAGGAGUCGGCGCUGGAUUAUGUCAUCAACUCGGCGAAGAAGGAGGUCGCAAGGCUCGAGGCUCGCUCGGAUGACAUCUUGACAGAGGACGGCCCCGAGAGCGAACUCUUGCAGGAUAUUUAUGACCGCCUGGAUGAGCUCGACCCCUCCACCUUUGAGAGCCGUGCUAGUACCAUUCUUUGCGGCUUGGGCUUCGACUCGGUCACCAUUAAGAAGAAGACAAAGGAUAUGAGCGGAGGCUGGAGAAUGAGGGUCGCCCUUGCCAAGGCCUUGUUCAUCCAGCCCACCAUGCUCCUGCUUGACGAGCCUACAAACCAUCUCGACCUUUCAGCUUGCGUCUGGCUCGAGGAGUAUCUCUCCCGCUACAACAAAAUUCUCAUCGUCGUCUCGCAUUCCCAGGACUUUCUCGACGGCGUUUGCACUGACACCAUGGUCAUGCAGCAGCAAUCCCUCAAGUACUGGGGUGGAAAUUACAGUACCUACGUCCGCACGAGGGAAGAACAGGAUACCAACCAGCUCAAGCUGUACAAGAAACAGCAGGAAGAAAUCAGACACAUCAAACAAUUUAUCGCCUCAUGCGGUACAUACGCCAACUUGGUUCGCCAAGCAAAGUCAAGGCAAAAACAGCUCGAUAAGAUGGUUGAAGCUGGCCUUUUGGAACCACCAUAUGAAGAACCCUGUUUCAAGUUUACUUUCCUGGGUUGUGGAACACUUGCACCUCCAUUGAUAAGUUUCUCAGAUGUUGCCUUUUCUUAUUCUGGCAAGAAGCAGGAUUACCUUUAUUCUGAUCUUAGCUUUGGCGUUGACAGCGAAUCCAGAAUCUCUCUAGUGGGGCCCAAUGGAGCUGGAAAGAGUACAUUGCUCAACCUUAUGGUCCAUAAGCUUUCUCCGACCGAGGGAAGUGUCUCCCACAAGUCGGGUUUGCGAGUCGGCCGCUAUCAUCAGCAUUCUGCCGACCAGCUCGACUUUAACCUCUCUCCCGUCGAGUACAUUCGCCAGCGGUAUCCAAAGUUGCACGAAACAUUGCAAGGCUAUCGGGCUGAGGUAGGUCGAUUUGGAAUUACGGGCGAAGCCCAAUUGUCACCGAUUGGCCAUUUGAGCGAUGGUCUCAAGUCACGCUUGGUCUUUGCUGAGAUUGCAAUUCGCAAGCCACACAUCUUGCUUUUGGACGAGCCGACCAACGCACUCGAUUGCACUGGCAUUGAUGCCCUUGCCGAGGCCAUCAACUCUUUUGAGGGCGGUGUAGUAUUGGUGUCUCAUGACUUUAGAUUACUUAGCCAGGUGGCGAGAGAAAUUUGGGUCGUAGAGGAAGGGGUCAAGGUCUGGCGUGGCGACAUCUUGUCGUACAAGGAGAGUCUCAAGAAGGGUAUGAAGUUCUAA